UGGGCUAGAGGAGGAAGAGGAGGAGCAGGAAGUGGAAGCGGGGGAACACGCGGUCCAGCCCUCGCUGUGUCCGCAGCCCUCCCGCCCCUGAGGCAUUGUCCCCCCCCGUAUCUCAGGAUUUUCCAUUUCCAAACCUCAGCCCAAUGGAGGAGGAGGAGGCCAUGAGGAAGAGGAAGAAGACCCGAAAGCCCCAUGCAGGCACUGAGCUGAGGAGGGAGACCAGGCAGGACAAAUCCCUGCAGCAGAAGCUCGUGGACGAGGCCGUUUUGAGCAGCUCCACAGCACAGGAAUCCAACGGGGAGGAAAAUCCCCAGAGAUCCCGCACGAGGAGGGGCUGCAAACGCAGAUCUCAGGGAUCCGAGGAGGAAAGACCCACCCUGGCCCAGGGAGGCGGCCAGAGCUCGGAGCUGGAGGUCAGUGAGCAGCUCCAGGAUGGGGAGAAGUCCCACAAGUGCUCGGAAUGUGGGAAGAGCUUCAGAUGGAGAUGCCAACUCAUCUCCCAUUGGAUAAUCCACACUGGGGAACGGCCCUACGAGUGUGGCGAGUGUGGGAAGAGCUUCAGCCACAAAUCCAACCUGACUGGCCACCAGAGGAUCCACACCGGGGAGAGGCGCUACAAGUGUGAUCAGUGCAGGAAGAGGUUUCGCACCAGCUCCCAUCUCCUCAGGCAUCAGCGGAUUCACACAGAGGAGAGGCCCUUCCUCUGCCAUGACUGCGGGAAGGGCUUCAGGGAGAAAUCUGAACUUGUCACCCACCAGCGCAUCCACACUGGGGAGAAGCCCUACGAGUGUCCAAAGUGUGGGAAGAGAUUCAGCCGGAGCUCCUACCUGAUUGACCACCAGAGGAACCACACGGGGGAACGGCCCUACGAGUGUGGGCAUUGUGGGAAGAGCUUCAGCCGAAGCUCCUGCCUGAUCAAACACCAGAUAAUCCACACCGGGGAACGGCCCUAUGAGUGUGAUAAGUGCAGGAAGAGGUUUCAGACCAGCUUCUGUCUCCUCAGGCACCAGCGCAUUCACACAGAUGAGAAGCCCUUCCGCUGUGCCCAGUGCAAGAAGGGCUUCAGGCACAAGUCUAGCCUUGUCACCCACCAGCGGAUCCACACUGGGGAGAGGCCCUAUGGGUGUCCUGAGUGUGGGAAAAGCUUCGGGAUGAUCUCCACCCUCAUUAUCCACCACAGGAGGCACACAGGGGAACGGCCGUAUGAGUGUCCCCAGUGUGGGAGGAGCUUCAGCCACUACUCCAGCCUGAUCCGCCACCAGAGGAACCACAAAGGAGAGAAGCCCUAUGAGUGUGAGGAAUGCAGGAAGAGGUUUCAGACCAGCUCCGAUCUCCUCGUCCACCAGCGCACUCACACCAAGGAGAAGCCCUUCCGCUGCCCUGACUGUGGGAAGGGCUUCAAGCAGAACGCCGCCCUCGUCAGGCACCGGCGCAUCCACACUGGGGAGAAGCCCUAAAAGUGUCUCGAGUGUGGGAAGAGCUUUUCACAGAGUUCAGCCUUGACCCAAUACCAACAGAGCCACAAUGGGGAGAGGCUCUUCUACUGCACUGAGUGCGGGACUGGCUUCAAGCACAACUCCCACCUCAUCGUGCACCGGCGCAUCCACACCGGGGAGAGGCCCUACGAGUGUGGGGAGUGUGGGAAGAGAUUCAGGCAGAGCUCCACCCUUACUGUUCACCAGAGGACCCACACUGGGGAGAAGCCCUAUGAAUGUGAUCAGUGCAGGAAGAGGUUUCAGACCAGCUCCGAUCUCCUCAAGCACCAGCGCACUCACACAGAUGAGAGGCCCUUCCUCUGCCCUGAGUGCGGGAAGGGCUUCAAGCACAACUACACUCUUGUCAUCCACCGGCGCAUUCACACUGGGGAGAGGCACUAGGAGUGUGAUAAAUGCAAAAAGAGGUUCCAGAGCUGCUCCCAUAUCCUCAAACACCAGUGCAUUCACACAGAGGAAAGGACCUUCCACUGCCCAAACUGCAGGAAGGGCUUCAGUGAGUACUCCACCCUCGUCAAGCACCGGCGCAUCCACACUGGGGAGAGGCCCUAUAAGUGUGCGCAGUGUGGGAAGAGCUUCUCCAGUACCUCGCACUUGACUAGACACCAACAGAGCCAGCACUAAGGACAGCCCUGUGAGUGCGUAGCUCGAGUGCAAGAGAGCUUCAUGCGCUGCUCCAGCUCUGUUCUCCAUGGAAGGAUCCAGAAGGAGCUGAUGAUGGAGACCAGGCAGGACAAAUCGCCAGGGCAGAAGUUCAUGGAAGAGGCUGUUUUGAGCAGCUCCACAGCAGAGGAAUCCAGCGAGGAGGAAAAUCCCCGGAGAUCCCGCACGAGGAAGGGCUGCAAACGCAGAUCACGGGCAUCCGAGGAGGAAAGACCCACCCUGGCCCAGGGAGGCGGCCAGAGCUCGGAGCUGGAGAUGAAUGAUCAGCGCCAGGGUGGGAAGAAGCCCCACAAGUGCUCAGAAUGUGGGAAGAGCUUCAGGCGGAAAUCCUGCCUGAUCGUCCACCUGAUGCUGCACACCGGGGAGAGGCCCUACGAGUGUGGGGAGUGUGGGAAGGGCUUCACCCAGAGGUCCAACCUGAUUGUCCACCAGAGGGCCAGCGCGCGAUUGCUCCCAUAUUUGCAUAACCACGCCUUUCGGCUUGUCCCCGCCCUCCUUCGGCUGCAGCCCCGUCCGGGCGCUGUUCGCUCCCAGUUCCCUCCCAGCGCUCCCAGAGGAGCAAGAAGAGGAGAGACGGAAGAGGAGGAGCAGGAGGAGGUGCAGCGCCGUCCCCACGCGGUUCCCCGCUCCGGCCGCAGCUUCCCGUGUUCCGCCAGCAUCGCCCCCCGGAACCCGCAGCAGGAUUAUCCAUUCCCAAACCAUGGCAGGAUGAAAAAGGAGGAGGCUGCAAGGAAGAGGAAGAUGGCCCGGGAGCCCCAGGCAGACACUCAGCUGAGGAUGGAGAGCAGGGAGGACAAAUCCUCGCAGCAGAAUCUCGUGGAAGAGGCUGCUUUGAGCAGCUCCACGGCGCAGGAAUCCAAUGGAGAGGAAAAGGCCUGGAGAUCCGGCAUGAGGAGGAGCUGCAAACGCAGAUCAUGGGAAUUGGAGGAGGAAAGGCCCAAACUGGCCCGGGGAGGCAUCAGGAGCUCGGAGCUGGGGGUCCAUGAGCAGCUCCAGGACGGGGAGAAGCCCCACAAGUGCUCGGAAUGUGGGAAGAGCUUCUGCAAGAGAUUCUACCUGAUGUGCCAUUGGAGAAUCCACACGGGGGAGAGGCCCUACGAGUGUGGUGAGUGUGGGAAGAGCUUCAGCCGGAGCUCUAGCCUGAGCAACCACCAGAGGAGCCACACAGGGGAGAGGCCCUACAAGUGUGAUCAGUGCAGCAAGACUUUUCAGACCAGCUCCACUCUGCUCAUACAUCAACGGAUUCACACAGAUGAGAGGCCCUUUCGCUGCUUCAAGUGCAGGAAGGGCUUCAGGCACAAAUCAGACCUCAUCAGCCACCAGCACAUCCACACUGGGGAGAAGCCCUACAAGUGUCCCUGGUGUGGUCAGAGCUUCAGGACCAGACCCAAUCUGAGCAGCCAUCAGAGAAUCCACACGGGGGAACGGCCCUACGAAUGUGGGGAGUGUGGCAAGAGCUUCAGCCAGAGCUCUCACCUGAUUGCCCACCAGAGGAGCCACACUGGGGAGAGGCCCUACGAGUGUGGAGAGUGUGGGAAGAGCUUCAGGACGAGCAACAACCUGAGCCGCCAUCAAAUGAGACACACAAAGCAGAGGCCCUACGAGUGUGACAAAUGCAGGAAGAGGUUUCAGACCAGCUCUGACCUCCUCCUGCACCAGCGGAUUCAUCUGGAGGAGAGGCCCUUCUGCUGCCCCGACUGCGGGAAGGGCUUCAGGCGCAACUCCACCCUCGUCGUACAUCGGCGCAUCCACACUGGGGAGAGGCCCUACGAGUGUGGGCAGUGUGGGAAGACCUUUUCACAGAGCUCUAACUUGACCCAACACCAACGGAGGCACCACUUAGAGAUGACCUGAGAAUGCCCCGAGUGCAGGAAGAGCUUCAUGCGCUGCUCCAGCUCCAUCCUGCACAGAGGGAUCCACCCUCGAUGAUCCCCAGUGACCCCAAGUGGGCAGAGCCCCGACGAUCCC